AUGGAUGCGAUCCUCUCUCCUGCCGUCGAGGUUGAACAAACCGCCGACUCAACGAUCGACACAGUUUCUCGGUUAAUCGCCGGCGCUUUCUCUGGGGCUCUUACUGGAAUUUUCGCUAUGGCUGGAGCUUUUACUGGAGCGGUUACGGGUGCGGUGGCAGGCAGAGCUGCUCAGUAUGGAGUCCUACGUGGGGCUGCACUUGGCGCUGUCGCUGGAGCUAUUCUUUCUGUUGAAGUGUUGGAGGCGUCUCGUGCGUACUGGUAUUUAGAGUUAUCAGGAUCAAGGGGUCCAUCAUCUAUGGCAGAUUUUGUUGAGCAACUGUUUCGUGGGAGACUAGUAGAUGAACAACUUAUGACGACAAUGUUAAAUUCACACCACUGGCAGUUAAGGAUUUCCGAUGGAAGCUAUGGAGAGCGGGAUGAUGUUUAUGGUGACUUGGAAGCUAGAGGCUUAUCGGGUGACUCUUUAAGGAAACUACCAUGCUAUAUCAUGUCAAGUGAAAUGGUGAAGAGGCAGAUAACUCACUGCACAAUUUGUCUGCAGGACAUCGAAGUAGGGGAAAUCACACGAAGCUUACCAAGAUGCGAUCACACGUUUCACCUAGUUUGUGUUGAUAAAUGGCUCAUCAGACAUGGGUCGUGCCCCAUUUGCAGACAGGCCGUUAAAGAUUAA